GCGAUGUCUCGACUGUACUACAGGAGGACAGACAACUCCUCCUACAGGGACCGGAUCGCUCUGAGGAUUGUCAGGGCCGAGUCUGAACUGUCUGUCCUGGAGAAGAACUACCUGGGAGCAGUGGACAAAGGAGACUAUGCCUCAGUCAAACAGGCUCUAGAGGAGGCAGAGAUCUACUUCCGGAUCAACAUUAACUGUAUAGACCCGUUGGGCCGCACAGCUCUGCUGAUCGCUAUUGAGAAUGAGAACCUGGAGAUUAUAGAGCUGCUGCUCAGCUUUAACGUGUAUGUCGGUGACGCUCUGCUACACGCCAUCCGUAAAGAGGUGGUGGGAGCCGUGGAAAUGCUGCUCAACCACAAGAAGCCCAGCGGGGAGAAACAGGUUCCUCCCAUCCUAUUGGACAAGCAGUUCUCUAACUUUACUCCUGACAUCACACCCAUCAUCCUGGCAGCUCACACCAACAACUAUGAGAUCAUCAAACUGCUGGUGCAGAAGGGGGUGUCCAUGCCCCAGCCACAUGAGGUGCGCUGUAACUGCAUGGAGUGCGUGUCCAGCUCUGAUGUGGAUAGUCUGCGUCACUCCCGCUCACGUCUCAACAUCUACAAGGCCCUGGCCAGCCCAUCACUCCUGGCCCUCUCCAGUGAAGACCCUUUCCUCACAGCCUUCCAGCUCUCCUGGGAACUACAGGAACUCAGCAAGGUAGAGAAUGAGUUUAAGUCGGAGUAUGAGGAGUUAUCUCAGCAGUGUAAACAGUUUGCCAAGGACCUGUUGGACCAAACAAGAAGUUCCAGAGAACUAGUGCUGAUCCUGAACUACAGAGAUGACAUCAACCCUCUACUGGAUGAGAACACCAACGAUCUGGCCAGACUCAAACUGGCCAUCAAAUACACACAGAAAGAGUUUGUAGCCCAGCCUAACUGUCAGCAGCUGCUUGCGUCUCGUUGGUACGAUGAGUUCCCUGGGUGGAGGCGUCGUCACUGGGCAGGGAAGUUCCUAACCUGUGUCUUCAUCGGCCUCCUCUUCCCCCUCUUAUCCCUCUGCUACCUGGUCUCUCCUAAGAGCCGCUAUGGACUCUUCAUCAGGCAACCCUUCAUCAAGUUUAUCUGCCACACAACGUCUUAUCUCACCUUCCUGUUCCUCCUGCUGCUGGCCUCCCAGCACAUCGUCUCUACAGACCCCAACAGACAGGGGCCGCCUCCUACUGUGGUGGAAUGGAUGAUACUACCCUGGGUACUGGGCUUCAUCUGGACAGAGAUUAAACAGAUGUGGGAUGGAGGGUUCCAGGACUACAUCCAUGACUGGUGGAACCUCAUGGACUUUGUUAUGAACUCUCUGUACCUGGCUACCAUCUCUUUGAAGUUCGUUGCCUACGUCAAGUACAGUGGCUUCAGGGCCAGGAACGAAUGGCAGAUGUGGCAUCCUACCUUGGUAGCAGAGGCUGUGUUUGCCAUCGCUAACAUCUUCAGCUCCAUCCGCCUCAUCUCUCUGUUUACAGCUAACUCCCACCUGGGACCUCUACAGAUCUCUCUGGGCAGGAUGCUGCUGGACAUCCUUAAGUUCCUGUUCAUCUACUGCCUGGUUCUCCUGGCCUUCGCUAACGGGCUCAACCAGCUCUACUUCUACUACGAGACAGACGAGGGACUGAAGGGAUGCAAGGGCAUCCGCUGCGCAACACAGAACAACGCUUUCUCAACGUUGUUUGAGACACUCCAGUCUUUGUUCUGGUCUAUCUUUGGGUUGAUCAGUCUGUAUGUGACCAACGUGGAGGCAGACCACCAGUUCACAGAGUUUGUAGGGGCCACCAUGUUUGGAACCUAUAAUGUCAUCUCUCUGGUGGUUCUACUCAACAUGCUGAUCGCCAUGAUGAACAACUCCUACCAACACAUCGCUGAUCAUGCAGACAUUGAGUGGAAGUUUGCAAGAACCAAGUUGUGGAUGAGUUACUUUGAAGAGGGGGGGACUCUGCCUUCUCCAUUCAACAUCAUCCCGAGCCCCAAGUCAAUCUGGUACUUCAUCUGCUGGAUCAGGAAACAUAUCUUCAAGAUCACCAGGGCCAAGAAAACAGAAACAUUUGGAACCAUAGGGAGACGGGCUGCCUUAAACGUAAGAACAAACCAUCAGUAUCAGGAGGUUUUGAGGAACCUGGUGAAGAGAUAUGUAGCAGCCAUGAUCAGAGAUGCCAAGACAGAGGAAGGACUGACUGAGGAGAACUUUAAGGAGCUGAAGCAGGACAUCUCCAGCUUUAGGCACCUUAUUCCCUAUAUAGUGCACUACUUUUGACCAGAGCCCUAUGGAGCAACACCUGGAGAAGUAUGCAGGUGCUCGCGAGGCUACUCCUGAUGCUCGCAGGGCUACUCCUGAUGCUUGCAGCGCUACUCCUGCCCCCCUCCAACCAAGCCUUCACAUGCCCUGUCUGCCACUGCAGCUGGAAAUCCAGGAUUGGGCUCCACUACCACCAGAAGACCAGAAGUAGGGCCUACAGAAGAUUGGUUUUCUAUGCAAGCCAGUAAGACCUUUAGAAGCAAUGUUUUCUUUCAAGUGAAAUCCCACAAGAGAUGCUAUACUGUACAUGUAGGGGAGAGUGGGGUAAGUUGAGCCCCCCUUGUUUCUGGGGAACCAUACACCAAAUGAAUAAUUGGACCAAAUGUUUAGGAAGAGGUCAUUUUAUGGAUUCUGUGAAGAUGCAUGGGAAAAUUAGUGAGCAAAAAUGGAUUUUCACCAAGUCAAAUAAAUGUAUUGUGUUAGAGGUUUCAUGAUGCUUGUAUCUAAACCAAAGUAGAUCAUUUUAAGAUUGUUCUAUACAUCAGUUGAGGUUAUAGGCUGCAAUAUGAAGUCCUAAACCUAGCAUGAAAGUAUAUCCUAGUAGCUGUGUUGGCUAAUAUGUCAAAAUGUUUGCCUUGGUGUAGGUUGAGACAAUGGCAAGUUGAGCAAAUUGAAAUGUUUUCUUCCCAGGCCUAUUGCAAGGCAUUAUCGCUGGGAUAGGAGGUAACAACAGAGGCUGGCCUAUGUUAAAUAGUGCUUUAAAAUGUACAUUGUUUUUUAGGUGUUAAGCCUGUGUUAAAAGAUGCUUAAACGUAUUUAAAGACAAAAAAAGUGAUUUUAAUUGUGUUAAAGAUAGACAUGGUUUUAAAAAGUUAAGUGGUAAUAUUUAAUUCAGUACAGAAAUGUGUAGGCAUCUUAACUUACCCUGUCCUGUAGCACAAC